AUGACUUCAGUUAUUUCCGCUUUCUCACUUUUUGUAUUAGUAUUAGUCAGUGGCUGCUUUACCUUACCACUUGUUGAACGGAGUUCAACAUUAUCAUCAUUCGAUAAUCAUGUAUCUACAGAAGAAAUGUUUACAUCUGAUAGUACACCAGAAUUAGAACUCAGAAAUUUAUCAGGUGAAAUUUCUCGCGCAUGGAAUAUGCCAACAUCUACUGGAGACUAUGUACCAGAAGAUUUCACUCAAGCAUCAUAUAUGGGUCAUGAACACUCUGCUUCAGAACAUUUCACAUUUGAACCAACAACUGAACGCAUGUUUGUUCCAAAACGUGAUGCUAAAGAUUCAUAUGCUGUAGAUGAACCUAUCCCAUCAGAACGAUUCAAUCAUACAUUAACUGAAAAAUUCAAUGCUUCAAAAGUUGGUGCUGCAGAUAUGUAUGCUGUCGAUGAAUCUAUUCCUUCAGAACGAUUCGAACAUCACCCAACAGCUGAAGGAUUCGUUGCUCCAAAACGUGCUUUUGAUGAAUCAUUUAUGACAACAGUAGAAUCAGACACUGAAUCUGCACCCAUGAAACGUUUUUUUGAUGAUGCAUCAUUUGGUACAACUGAACACACCGUUCAAGAUGGUGAAUCUCAUUAUAAAACUGACUUUACAACAGAAUUUAUCAAAUCAAAAAUGGACAUGGAAUCAACAACAGAUUUUAUGACAACAUUUACAUCAACUAUUGCUCCAGAACUUUAUACAACUAAAUUAUAUCCAUCAACUUUUACUUCAACAAUGUCAACAGGAAAAUUUACUGGUCAUCUUGGUGAUGAUGAUGAAGAAACUGAAAAACCAAAAAAAACACACAGAGUAUCAAAAUAUGACACACCACGAAAAACACAAACAACUACAGUUGAACCAGAAGAUGAUUCACAUAUUCGAGUAGCUGAAUAUGAUCAAUCAGCAUCAGAUAAACUUGAAAAUAUGCCAAAUGAUCUUAUGGUUCUUGAUAACAAAAAUGAUGUUGUUACCAUUGCUUCAAUUAAAUUAACCACAGAUAUGAUGAAAAAUGAACCAAAAGAAAAAAUGCUUAAUCAAGGUAAAAAACCAUCACACACUGAAAAGAAAGAGUCGGAUCACUGA